AGUCGCCAGUCGUCAAUCGGUGCGCCGGGUUCUCUUCUCCUCUCCAAUCGGAACGUGGGUGUGCGUGUGUGAGAGAGAGCGGGUUCAAUCAACUGCAGUUUGCAAGUCGAGCACAUUCCACACCGCCCCCAGAAUACCCCUUGAGAAACGCUACAUUUAUGCAAUUAAUGCACAUUAAACUCAUAAAAUAAGAGGAAUUUUUUUGCAAAAACAACUACGUAACGGCUGCGUUCUAGUGAGUGUGAGUGAGAAGAGAGGCGACAGAGCAGGCGGAGAGAGUGGGCCAGGCAGUGAGCGCGAUAAGUGAGAGGCGCAAGAGCGCUUUGUAACGGAACUCAGAAGCCGUAGUUGAAUUCCAGUGACGUUGGAAGAAACAACUGCAAAAGGCAAAAACAAAGACAGUGCUUAUAGGCUGUAUAUUCCGCUUUGAUAUAAGUGAAUAUGCAGUGCGGGUAGUUACACAACUGGCUGGCAGUCACUCGUUAAAAACGCCCGAGAUGAAUUUCGCAGUGGCGGCAACAAGUGCAGAAAUAAUAAAACCCAAAGCCCAACAAAAUCCCCCAAAGGCGGAGCAGUGUCUCGUAGUGCCGAAAAGAAAACAAAAAUAAAUGUGAAUAAGAAAGAAGAGGCGUUAAUUAUAACGAGCCGCGGAAUCGCGUAAGGAAAUCAACAAGUGUGUGUCUGCCUUUCCCCAUUCGCUUUCAUUCAUGCGGUCAACUCAACAACUACAGAAACCAAAGCAGUCGCUGAUAGAAGCCCUGCGCAAGCAACAACAAAGGCCAGUUCGGCAAAGAUAGUAACAUCCAAAUCGCCUGGCAUCGGGCUUAAUUACCGGAUAUUAUUUUACCUCUAUGUGAUUGGAUCUCUUCGGCCGACCUGUAAUAAAAAUAGAUCACUUAACAUGAAGCAUCCACAGGACCUAAGCGUUACGGACGGCCAGCAGCUACUGAAGGUGAACAAGGUGGAAAAAAUGGAUCAGGAGCUCCACGAUGCCGAGUCGGAGAGCCACAUAAUGCACGCGGAUGCCCUGGCCGCUGGCUACCCGGCUGCCUCCCAGCCUCAUAGUCCGAUCGGCCACGCCCUCAGCCCCAAUGGCGUAGGGCUGGGAUUGAGCAACAGCAGCAACCAAAGCAGUGAGAACUUUGCGCUCUGCAACGGAAACGGAAAUGGCAAUACGGGCAGCGUAGGAGCCGGAAGUGCCAGCAGUGGCAGCAACAACAACAACAGCAUGUUCUCGCCCAACAACAACCUCGGCGGAAGCGGAAGUGCCAGCGUUAGCAGUCAGCAGCAAUUGCAGCAGCAACACCAGCAAUCGCCGACGGUUUGCGCCAUUUGUGGGGAUCGGGCGACGGGGAAACACUACGGCGCCUCGAGCUGCGACGGCUGUAAAGGAUUCUUCAGGCGGAGUGUGAGAAAGAACCACCAGUAUACGUGCAGAUUUUCGCGCAACUGUGUGGUGGAUAAGGACAAGCGGAACCAGUGCCGCUACUGCCGGCUGAGGAAGUGCUUCAAGGCGGGCAUGAAGAAGGAGGCUGUUCAGAACGAGCGGGACCGGAUCAGCUGCCGGCGGACCUCGAACGACGACCCGGAUCCGGGAAAUGGGCUGUCGGUGAUCUCAUUGGUCAAGGCGGAGAAUGAAUCGCGCCAGUCAAAGGCAGGCGCUGCCAUGGAGCCGAACAUAAACGAGGAUCUCUCCACGAAGCAGUUUGCCAGCAUCAACGACGUCUGCGAGUCGAUGAAGCAGCAGCUGCUGACCCUGGUGGAAUGGGCGAAACAGAUCCCGGCCUUCAACGAGUUGCAGCUUGACGACCAGGUAGCCUUGCUGCGAGCUCACGCAGGUGAGCACCUGCUCCUCGGUCUGUCGCGUCGCUCAAUGCACCUCAAGGAUGUCCUGCUGCUGAGCAACAAUUGCGUUAUUACCAGGCACUGUCCAGACCCCCUAGUGUCACCCAAUCUGGAUAUCUCAAGAAUUGGCGCCCGCAUCAUUGACGAACUAGUGACGGUGAUGAAGGAUGUGGGCAUCGACGAAACUGAAUUCGCCUGUAUCAAGGCCCUAGUCUUCUUUGAUCCCAAUGCCAAAGGCCUAAAUGAACCACACCGCAUUAAAUCGCUUCGGCAUCAGAUACUCAAUAAUCUCGAGGACUACAUAUCGGAUAGGCAAUACGAGUCACGCGGUCGGUUUGGCGAGAUCCUGCUCAUUUUGCCGGUUCUUCAGUCUAUCACUUGGCAGAUGAUCGAGCAGAUUCAGUUUGCCAAGAUCUUUGGUGUGGCCCACAUCGAUUCACUACUUCAGGAAAUGUUGCUGGGAGGAGAGUUGGCCGACAAUCCUCUGCCGCUGUCGCCGCCCAAUCAGUCGAAUGACUAUCACAGCCCGACCCACCCAGGCAACAUGGAGGGUAGCAGUCAGGUGAACUCCUCCCUAGCCUCGAUGGCCACAACUGGUGGCCCAGGCUCGCAUUCUUUGGAACUGGAGGUACAGCACAUCCAGGCCUUGAUCGAGGCGAACAGUGCUGAAGAUUCCUUCCGAGCCUACACGGCCAAUACGACAGCAUCUGCUGCAGCCGUCUCGUCCACAUCCUCUGCGCCCGCAUCCGUCGCCCCGGCCGCUAUCUCGCCUCCGCUCAACAGCCCCAAGUCACAACAGCAACACCAGCAACCAGCAACGCACCAGCAACCGCAGGAGAGCUCCUACAUGGAUAUGCCCAUCAAACAGUACAAUAGCAGUCGGUCCGGACCACUGGCCUCGCAGCACAGUCCCCAGCGAAUGCACCCCUACCAAAGACCAAUAAACUCACCGGUCGAAGUGUCAGGCGGUGUGGGUGGCUUGGCUCUGCGCAAUCCGGCCGACAUCACGCUCAACGAGUACAACCGAAGCGAGGGCAGUAGUGCUGAGGAACUUCUGCGGCGCACUCCUCUGAAGAUUCGUCCUUCUGAGCUCUUAUCCGCAUCUGGUGGCUUUGCAAUGGAACCCUGUAGAAUGACGUUAAAGCAGGAGCCAGAGACUGGUUACUGAAAAUAUAAUAAUCGGUACAAUGUGCAGUUUGCGAAAGGACACCCAUUAAGCACAUGCCCCACACACAUACAGGCCCUCUUUUGUACUCCCCCACCAGGUUCUAUAUAAGGAAGAAAUCGAAAGUGAGGAACUUACUUAAUUGUUAUGCCUUGAAUCAUUUUGAUACUUUUUAUUAGUUUUUAAGUAGGUAUCUUGGAAAUUGUUGCUUAAUUUUUAAAUGUUAAACACAGUUAAAAUCAAUCUUGGGAGUCAUAUUAUGCUCAAGACGUUUAUUAUAUAGAACCAUAUAUUACUAUACACCAUCUAUAAGUUUGUUGGUUAUUUGGUUAUCUUAUAUUUGUGGGCGAAUCACAAAGCAUUCAUAUAGGCCAUGCAAUAUAUUGUUUUAGGUUAGGGUGUUGUUUAGAUUAUGCGCUGAAAGUGUAAUAUAUAUUUAAUGCUAAGCAAAGAACUAUUUUUAUAUGAGUAUGUAUAAUAUACAAACUAUUUCUAGGAUGGCUGAAUGAAUAAAAAUCAAAAAGCAAAUUGGAGAUUGCAAAUUA